AUUGGUGACAGUGAACACGCUAAGACAACUCUUCAAGAAUGGCAACCCUCAACACCACUCACUGGAAUGAGACCACAUCCGUUUCCCAGUAUCUGGGCUUUCAAGUGCAAAAAAUUUACCCUUUCCAUGAUAACUGGAACACCGCCUGCUUUAUUAUUCUGAUCAUAUUCAUCUUUACUGUGGUUUCUCUGGUGGUGUUGGCUUUCCUCUAUGAACUGCUAGACUGUUGCUGCUGUGUGAAAAAUAAAACUGUGAAAGACUUGGAGAAUGAACCCAAUCCUGUUAGAGCAAUGUUGAACAGCUUCAGAAAGCACGAAACAGAGGUGGUGUAGGAAGGACUGAGCAUCAGCACUUGAAGAACAUUUAACACCUUGAACGAAGCCUCAUGAUUGGCAUGACUGAGCAAAUCACAUGCUUUUUGGUUUGAGUUUUAUUUCCCCCCUUUUGG